GCCCAGGAUUCCCCGGUGGCUCUAACCGUUGGUAGUUCUGACGGCUUCGAUGUCUUGACGACGAUUAAAACUGUUUGAAUUUUACGGAGUCAGUGGCCGCUCGUGUCGGCAAAAUUGUUCCUCGUUCAGUGAAAGUCUGAAGGAUAAUCUGGCCGGGGUAUUAACUCUGUACCAGGGGAUCUAAACGCAUAUACGAGGCCCUCACUCCAUCCCCGGAUUCACCUGCUACGCGGAGAGCCUCGCACCGAAGACCGACAUGGGGGACACGGGGAGCGAAGGCAGCAAGCCUCCCAGUAACGUUAACGUUAUACCUCCGCGUUGCCCCUGUGGCUUCUGGGGGUCAAGCAAAACUAUGAAUCUUUGCUCAAAAUGUUUUGCAGACAUUCAGAAGAAACAGCCAGACAACGAUUGUGCCCCAAAGGCCUCCUCAAGCUCCAGCAGCAGCCAAGCAGACAUCUUCUGUAAUGACACAAACAGCAGCAUUAGUCAGUCACUGAUGUCGAUGCCUAACGCAUCAGAGGACCCUUCACCAGGAGAGAUGGGAGUGACAUCUUUACCUGCUCAGGACGAAGUAUCCAGCACAGACACAGUCUUCGGUUCACUCUCCACUCCUACAAAACGCUCCUUUGAGUCAGCCUCGGAGUCAGAAAGCGAUGUUUCACCCGAGAAGCGAGCAAGAGUUGGUGUGGUGCCAGAGAUUGAGGAGUCUUCAUCAUCAUUGUCAUCCUUGUCGGCAUCAUCAUCAUCCUCGUCUCGCGGUGGCUCUAAACAGCGGAGCCGUAAACGUUGCCAUCGUUGCCAAACCAAACUGGAGCUGGUACAGCAAGAGCUGGGUUCCUGUCGCUGUGGUUAUGUCUUCUGUAUGCUCCAUCGGCUCCCGGAGCAACAUGAGUGUCUGUUUGACCACCUGGGCCGUGGUCGCCAGGAGGCCGUCCUAAAGAUGGUCAAGCUUGACCGCAAGGUGGGCCGCUCAUGCCAGCGCAUCGGAGAGGAAUGUUCCUGAAGAAUCUCUGUGAUCAGAAGGUGUCUUAGCACUAAUAGGGAUUUGAUUUUUGUUUUUAUUCUGUUUUAUUCGUCUCAUUUUGUUUUUCAAGAUUUCUGCAGGUCUUUUUUUUUUUUUUUGGAUACAAACCUCCACUUUUUUCUCUUAAAUUAUACUCCCUCUUUUUAAAUCCCACUGUUGCCCGUAUCCUGGUUGUUUUCAGCUUCUGUUGGUAUGAUCAUAUCCCUGCUGCUAAGAUGCCUUUUGGAAAAUCCAUACCCAGGAAUGAAAGAACAAUAAAGAGCAAAGGAAAUACAAAGUUUCUUCACAUUUUUGCAAGCUCCUUACUACACAAGUGUGAGUGGAGUAAGAACGGAUAAAAGGAUGAAGAGAGGAAAUACAAAUGUUUGUCCUGGAAGCCAGUUUAAGACUAUACUCUUUACCUCAAAAAAAAAAAAAAAAAGACAAAACAAAAAAACAACAAAGAAUGACAAGGAGGAGGAGGAAGGGAUGGUUACCCUUUGUGUACACUUUCGCUUUGGCGCUGUUUAUAGACUGUUCUUUACCUCAAAGUCAGACAGAGCUGCUUUCUACUCUGCGCCAAGCAAGGACUUUAAGUCAGUGUCUUACCCCCCGGCCGUCCACCACAUUUAAUCCUAAACCUUCAGAAACACAAACAGCUGUUAAUCAUCCACCUCAGGAUAUCACAGCCCAAUCUUCACCUCUCCUCCGACCAACUUGCAUCUUUCUGUUUUCCGCUACAGGACACCUUUUACUCCUUUUGUUUUAAGAUCGUUGCGAAGGUGUUUCUGCCAUUGUGGACAAUGAAAACUGGGGUGAUGCUGUAAAUCCAAAUUCAGAAGUUGCGUCGUGAGCCGGACUCAAACACACACACAUUGAUAAGUGGGAACAGUCAGCUGGUUGUCCUUGGAUUGCACACAGAUCUGUCUUCAACGUUGGGAUGUGAUUGAUCAAGACUUAAUUUUUUUGAGGAUCUUCUCUGUCUUCCGUCUUUUGUUUCGACCUUUUUCUCUUUUUCUCCACAGCCCUUCCACAUGAUAACAUUUCCUCUUCACACCCGUGGUCUUUUUCAGCAACAUGUGGAUUAUGUGUGCUGGAUGUGUACAAACUUCAGGAAGACUAAAUUUACAGGACAUGAGGGACAUGAAAGUUUGCUUAUGGUUUAUGAGUGGACCUGGAAUGUCUGCACUGUGCACAUCCUCACAUCAGUAUACUAUUACACACACUCACACUUUUAUGUUGUUUUAUGUGCUAAGCUGUUGUUCACCUUGAGCACAAACAGACAAAAUCAAAGGUUGCUCUGUACACUUGAGUUUGGACUGAGGCGGAAAUUAACGGAGAAUCACUCAGAGGUUCCUGCUGGGGACUGUGAUGGCUGUUAGGCCUUCAUUUCAAUUAUCCACAUUGUUUAAGUUCAUUUUUGCCUCUAGCUUUGAAACAAGACUUCAUAUUCUUUGGUUUUCAUUUUUCUUCACAGUACUUUAAUGUUCCUAUUUCCUCCUCAUGUGUUGAUUUCCUGCUAGCAUGAUGAGGUCACAUGCAUCCUCCUCCUCCUGCCUUUGACUUUGCUUUUCUCAUCUUCCCCUUAUUGAUUGCUCUAUUUUUCCUCAUUUCACCCUCUGUCUCCCCUCCUCCUCCAUUCUUGUUUUGCUGUAGAUGAGCGAAGAGAGCCGGGGUGAGUAGAGUGCUGAAAGUUAAAAAUCAGCAAAUAAUUACUGUCAAAAUGUUUUCCUGGUGGACUGUGGAAGUAAUGAACAGAAAAUGCAUAAUGAAUGAAUAUUCUGUAUCUUAAAGAAAACCUUAUUUAACCCCUUUUUGCGUUUCAGAUUUAGUUACACUUUAGUGUAGAGCUGCAGUUUUUGGUUGUAAUGUGGUUAUAAAAUGGGAAGAUGAAUGUGGAAAAUUCUGUAUUUUUGUUUUCAUUGCUUUACCUUUUGCUUCCCCUUUCCAACUUUUUCUUUUACUGAGAAAGAAUAAACUGGAUUAGACAAAG